UCAGACGAGACAUAAAGAAUACCUGUAGAGUAGUUGAAACUUCUACUAGACACUAGUCACUCUUCGUGAUUGACGACAUUGUGCCUCUAACCUCACCCAUCACCUCUUUCCUCUCCUUUUCCUUUUCCAUUUUCAUCUUGGGUCUCUUUUGCCUUUAAACCCUUUCAUUUCCAAUGAAACCUCAUCCCUUACCAUGCGAUUUGGCAUGCCUUUGAAUUGGGGACCAUUGACUUCUGAGUUUUGCAAGACUUGGUCUUUGCUUGGAAUUUCAGAUUUUUUUCACUUUGUGGAGGAUUGAGGUGGAUGGAAGCUUCAUGUAAUCUUUAUACUUGAGCUGAAUUCCAGGUACCAAGACCUUAUAGCAAACUCUUCAGCUUUCACAUUUUGAUUUCCAGUCUUUGAUCUCGGGUUUUUAGUUUACCACUGAAAUUUAGCUUAUGGGUGCUUAGGAUCUGAUCUAAACUGAAGUGCUUGGGUCAUUUCUAGUUCUUCAAUCCACUCUUGGACUAGAUUUAACUCAAAGUUUGUAGCUUUGUGAGGAUUUCUCUGUAUUGAGAUUGCAUUUUGGUAGCUGGGUUUCAAGCUUUUGCUAAAUUUAUGAUCUUUUGAUUGAAUUGAAGACUAGAAAGAGGAAAGGAAUUUUCUUUUUUUUACUACACAACUCAUAGUUUUGAUUUCUCGGAGCUUUAAAUUAUCUGAAAGCCAAUGAUGGGAGGAAACUGCAGUAAAAACAAAGGUGUUGAUGCUCCACCACCCCCGCCGCCGCCGCCGCCGCCACAACAACCCCUCGAAAGCAAUACCAAAUCCGAGUACACAGCCCAUUUGAGCUCUUAUGAGGCAGCCUGUAAGCUCGAUUCGGGUUUACAAUCGUUUGAUGUAUCUCUCCAACAGCGCACUAGCCGAGUCUUCAACUCACUUUCCACUGGAGUUGAAGUUAGGUCCCUAUCUUUGGACUCACUCAAAGAGGUCACUGAUUGUUUGCUUGAGAUGAACCAGGAAGUGGUCAGUGUGAUUCUCGAAUGCAAGAAGGAUGUAUGGAACAAUCAAGAGAUGUUCUCUCUAGUGGAGGAGUACUUUGAGAACAGUCUCCAGACAUUGGACUUCUGUACUGCCCUCGAGAGAUGUCUCAAGCGUGCAGUGAACAAUCAGCUGAUAAUUCAGGCUGCGGUGAGGCAGUUUGAGGAAGAAGUAGAAGCUGGUUUCGAAGGGAAGGGGUGUGUGAGGACAUUGCAGGAGUUGAGGGCAUUUAAGGCAGCCGGGGACCCUUUCACGGAGGAGUUCUUUGUACUAUUUCAGGCAGUUUAUAACCAACAGGCAUCGAUGCUCCAGAAAUUGCAAGUCCGAAAGAGAAAGCUUGAUAAGAAGUUGAAAUCAGUGAAAGCUUGGCGGAAAGUGUCGAAUGUUAUUUUUGUUGCCACUUUUGUGUCUGUAUUGAUAUUUUCGGUGGUGGCAGCUGCCAUUGCUGCACCGCCACUUGUAACCGCCUUGGCAGGUGCACUGGCUGUUCCGAUAGGUUCUGUUGGAAAAUGGUGUAAUAUGCUUUGGAGCCGCUACGAGAGGGCUCUGAAAGGGCAGAGGGAGAUAAUAAGCUCAAUGCAGGUUGGAAGUAUGAUUACAAUGACAGACUUGAACAACAUCAGGGUGCUUGUUGAGAAAUUUGAAAUCGAGAUUGAGGCACUGCUUCAGAAUGCUGACUUUGCUAUUAGAGAAGAGGAUGCUGUGAAGAUCGUGAUGAUUGAGAUCAACAAAAAGCUGGAAAAGUUUAUGGAAACCAUCGAAAGUUUAAGCCAAAACGCUGAUAAGUGUGGCCGGAAUAUAAGGAAGGCAAGGACAGUGAUUUUGCAGAGAAUAAUUAGGCAUCCCAUCAAAUGAACAGCCAUUUGGUAGAGAUGGAGAUUGUUUCGCUUCAGUCUGAUACAUUGCGGCUAUAUGUUCCCAAUGAAGAUGAGGAAUAUGAACUGGCUCAGUAUUAGGGAAGACGUACUGCUUCUGUUGAGAGGCUGAGUUAUAUGUAUUUGCAGGUGUUUUGGAGUAAGCGGAUGUUGGUGGUUCUACAAAAGCCCGCACAGGGAUGAAUGGCAGGAAAUUUAGUGGGAAUCCGGUUGUGGCUGUGUUUUAUCCAGAGGACAAGUUUGCUCAGGGUGACUAUGAUGCUAGUUGCUAGCCCCUUUGAGUUAACUUAAGAUUAUCAUAUGAUUGUCUGAAAAUAAUUCCCAGUUAUUUGCUUGUACUGAGAUCUUUGUAGCCUAGUUUAUAAGUACGAUGAACAUGCACAUUUUCAAAUGAAUUUGGUGACGGUUAUGAAUUUGCUCUUUC